AUGGCAGUGGAGAUAUAUUCUUCUAAAACUGGGGGAUGGGUUUACAAGGAAAUUGAAUGGUACGGUCAUAUUGUACUGAUUGAUAGCCCAUGGGCUUAUGUGUUUCUCAACGGUUGUCUGCAUUUUCUGUAUGAGGAAGCUAAUGUAGCUGUGGUGGGCACGGAGGGGAAGACAUGGAGGAACGUUCAUGUUCCUCAUAUUUGGAAUUGGGAUGAAGGUAGUUUCAUUCACCAGUCACAGGGCAGCUUGCACUAUUCAAAUUUUGAGAAAGAUCAUGUUGUCCCAUGCUUAGUGGUUUAUGUCUUGGAGGACUAUGACAGAGAAGAGUGGGUGUUGAAGCAUCGCGUUGAGACUUCAUACCUAUCAGACCUUGAAGUGAACUUUGGUUGGGUUGCCAUUCACCCAGACAGUAACUUGAUAUUCUUCACCAUAGGGCAGGAUAAGACAUUGAGGUCAUACAUUAUGGAACAUCGGAACAUUCAAGUCAUCCAUGCAUGA